AUGUCCAUCACGCGGCAGACGAAAGUUUACCACGAGGGUUUCUACGCCCAAUUUAACAGCUACCGGUCCAAAGCAGUCGACCAUUCUUCGGUGUCCGAUGGUGCCCAUUUAUUGAGCCCUUGCACAGGCCCUUUCAAAUUGAAUGAAAGGUAUGCAGGCCUAAAUCGUAAUCCUCUGCCCGUCUACAGACUUCAAGCUCAAGAGAUGUGA